AUGAAGACACAUCCGCGGCAUUCCCCCUCGGCGGGAAUGUCGUUUUCUCACACGACGACGACGACGCACGCCGCCGUUUCGCGAUCCUCCAAAUCGAACAAAUCCACGACAACUCCCGUGGCAUCCCCGAGAGGUGCCUUUUCCGUCGGCCAGAACCACCCGCCGAGGCUCUCGCCCAGUCUGCAGCAGGGCCAGCGCGCGCCGAGUCCCAACUAUUUCGGCCUCGUCGUCGAGUCAUCCAACGAUCCUCGCGAGUCAUCGGGUCUGGGCAACAACAACUGGAGCCCUGCAACGUCAUCAGUAAAGUCUUUUGGCGCGGCGCUUCCCAAGCCCGUUUCCCUCGAACACAACCACGACUUCGAAGCCUUUAAGAGGCAGGCCGACCUCAAUCGGGGCAAGUCGUUCUCGCUGCCGACGUCGCAUUAUGUCCAACCUACGUCGAACCCAGCCCCGGCCCGCCCACGGCCGUCGAGAUGGCAUACCCAUGCCAGCGAUACAGGCUCUGACGCCUCAUUCUCCCGACCCGUUGGCGCCUUCCACCGCGAGCGCCCGCUAAGUAAGAUGGAUAUCGACCAGGAUAGUCUCCACGACUCGGCGUACGUCUCGUCGGAUUCGAAGCGCAAUUCUGAGUCGUCUAUCCUGCCAAUGCAGCUGACGGGCCUUCCGCAAUUCGAAUCUCCCCGACCCAUCGAUCAUUCACACCAGCUGCGUCAUCCGCCGACAAGAAAUGAGGAAAGGGACUCGCGGUUGUCCAUGAUGGACUCCAAAGCCGAGCCCGUGUCUCCGCGAAUGGCCGAGAUCAGCCGAGCCGCCACUCUUCCCCCAAAGCUGGAGCCAGGGACGCCCUUGAUGAUAUCUGGCGACGAGCUGGAGGAGUUGCUGGGCAAAGUCGACUGUGACCACGUGCUACUGCUCGACAUUCGAUCAUCCCAGAACCACGCCCAGUCGCGCAUCAAGGGCGCCCUGAACAUUUGCAUACCGACCACGCUUCUUAAGCGACCGACCUUUAACAUCCAGAAGCUGCAGCAGACAUUCCAUGGCGGCCUCGCCUCGGCCAAAUUCUCAGAGUGGAAAGGCAUGGACUGGAUCGUCGUGUACGAUUCACACGCCUCAGAUAAGCGGGACGCCGUGGCGGCGCAGAACAUGAUUAAAAAGUUCACCAACGAGGGAUUUGCCGGCCACACAGCCAUCUUGCGAGGCGGGUUUUCCAUGUUCCAGACCUCGCACCCGAAGCUUGUUGAACAUGGUCCAGUCGACGCCCAAGCUACUUCACCGCCAAACUGCAACGGCAACGGCGGCAGCGGCCUUGCCCCAGUCAUUGGCGGAGUCAGCCUCCCCCAAUUCGGCAACGACGUGAACCCCUUCUUCUCCAACAUUCGCCAGAACAUGGACCUCGCGGACGGAGUCGGCCAGCUCGAUAUUUCGCGUCCAGACGAUCUCGAGUCCCCUAUGUUGCCCCCAUGGCUGCGAGACGCCGCCUCGAAGCAGGACCACGGCAAGAAGGUGUCCGACAGGUUCCUUCACGUGGAGCUGGAAGAGCAAGCCCGCAUGAAAAGUGCUUACGCUGCUUUUAAUCCAAACGUCCAGCAGGCAGGCAGGUUCCAGCUGUCUGGAGUCGAAAAAGGCGGCAAGAACCGGUACAAGGACAUUCUCCCAUUUGAGCAUGCUCGAGUUAGGCUCAAGCAUAAGAGUGACGAAGGCUCUUGCGACUACGUCAAUGCUAGCCACAUUUCGGCCUCGAGGAGCAACAAGCGAUACAUUGCCUCCCAGGGACCCCUGCCGGCCACGUAUGAGGACUUUUGGUCCAUGAUUUGGGAGCAGGAUGUUCGCGUCAUCGUCAUGCUGACGGCCGAGUCCGAGGGAGGGCAGCUCAAGUGCCAUCCAUACUGGAAGGCCAAGGAAUUCGGGCCCAUCCGGCUCCGACCCCUGUCCGAGAAGAAGGCAUCUCUAGAUCUCGACAAGCACCGAUCCGACUCGCACUCUCCGACAGCGGCUCAUUCGGCAGCCGACCUUGGUAGGAGACGAGCGAACACGAUGACAAAUGUCGAGUCGACGCCCACCCCGGGCACGCAGACACAGACAGACAGCCCGUACGUGGUGAUACGAAAGUUCGCCCUGUCUCACCAGGCUCACCCCUUCGCGCCAAUUCGCGAGAUUACGCACCUUCACUUUCCCACGUGGCCCGACUUUGGCGUCCCUGCACAGCCGGCUCACUUGCUGGCCCUGGUGGAGCUGGCCAAUGUCAUGCAGCGUGCGGCGCUGCCGGUCGAAACACCCUCCAUCGUCGGCUCCAGGAUGACGUCGAUCGAAACGAUCCCCAUAUCAUGGUACGACGAGCCGGAGAAGGACUCGCAUUCCAGGCCAAUGCUGGUGCACUGCUCGGCUGGCUGCGGGCGGACGGGAACCUUUUGCACCGUCGACAGCGUGAUAGACAUGCUCAAGCGCCAACGGCAGGCUAAACUGGCGGCCUCGAAGGCGAACGCUGCCCAGGCGGACGUUGAAAUGGUAGAUCCAACGGAGUCGGCGCCGCCGCACGCUGGCCAAGACGCUGGUACUCAGGGAUUCUUCGACUUCAAGCCGAGCCAACAGGACGUUGUUUCCAAUACUGCCGCCGGCGACAAGAAAUCCAUGUCCCCGGAGAUGGAUACCUCUUGGAUCCAGGAUGGCACCGUGGAUCUGAUCCAGAAGACGGUCGAGGACUUCCGGCAGCAGAGGCUGAGCAUGGUUCAGAGCCUGCGACAGUACGUGCUGUGCUACGAGACGGUGCUCGAAUGGGCCUGCCGGAUGAACGACCGGGCCGCCAACACCAUCACCGGGCGGUUGCGCAGCGGCAGCCUGCAGCAGACGCGGAGCUCGCGGUGA